AUGUCUACUUCUCCAGAAGGCAUAUACGAUAUUGGGAUUGUUGACCCGGGCAUCCCUGUUGAGAACCCAACUCAAUCGUACUGGCUGUCAGAGCCCGGGGAAAUCAGCAAGUUGCGAUCUCCAUGGACUGAUGUCGCCGACAUGGUCAUAAUUGGGUCCGGAAUAACGGCAGUCAGUCUCUGUUCAACUUUGCUUUUGCAUCAACCAGAUCUUAGAAUCGUCGUUGUCGAGUCUCGAGAUCUGUGCUCAGGUGCAACAGGUCGUAAUGGAGGCCAUUGCAAGGCUAUGAGCCCUGGCGUCUGGUUUGAGCGCAAGGAAAGUCUGGGGAUCCGCGAAGCUAUCCGAGUAAUGGAAUUCGAACAUAGCCAUGUUGAUGAGAUAAAGGCGACUGUUGAGAAAUAUCAAGUCGAGUGCGACCUCAACCUCCUCGAGGGGCUUGAUGUUUACCAUGAUAUGCCAACUCUCAGCAGGGCGAUCUGUGCGCUCGAGGAUAUGCAAAAAAAUACCCCCAGUCUGGCAGCCAAGUAUACAUUAUACACUGAUCGAGCUGAGCUGAGCUCCAGAAAUCUCUCGGAGCAUGUGGUGGGUGCGAUUGGAAUGGCCGCGGCUUCCUUAUGGCCUUACAAGCUCGUCAUCUCCCUCUUCGAGAGGCUGAUCGCCAAGCACAAGCUCCUGGUUCAAACGAAUACCACAGUUACAGCAGUUAUCGAUGACGACAGAGAGACUACGCUGUUGUGCAAACUGACCGAGGAGCCAUCCGAGCGAGCCAUGUACUGCAUGCCACAAACGCCUGGUUGA